AUGCCGUCGUUACCAUCCUCCGUCGAUCUAGACGAGUGCAUCUCGCGCCUCUACAAAAAGGAACUCCUGGCCGAGUCCGUCAUCGAGGCAGUAUGUGCCAAGACAAAGGAGCUCCUCAUGCGCGAGAGCAACGUCGUCCACGUCAAGGCCCCAAUCACUGUUGUCGGCGACAUCCACGGCCAGUUCUACGACCUCAUCGAGAUAUUCAGAAUCGGCGGCUACUGCCCUGACACCAACUACCUGUUCCUAGUGCAUGUGCAUGUUCAUGCGCAUACGCAUCCUGUUGCGUGCCCCCUCGCUCGUGGAAUUUGUGGCGUUGACAGUCUUGAAAUACCUGCAGGCGACUACGUUGAUCGUGGCAUGUUCAGCGUCGAGACGAUAUCACUACUCGUGUGCUUGAAACUCCGAUACCCCGAACGCGUGCACCUGAUCCGCGGUAACCACGAGUCGCGUGGCGUUACGCAGUCGUACGGAUUCUACACUGAGUGCUCGCGCAAAUAUGGCAACGCCAACGUGUGGCAUUACUUCACAGACAUGUUCGAUUUCCUGACCCUAAGUGUCGUCAUCGAUAACCAGAUUUUCUGCGUCCAUGGAGGUCUCUCGCCCUCCAUUCACUCCAUCGACCAAAUCAAAAUCAUAGAUCGCUUCAGAGAAAUUCCUCACGAGGGGCCCAUGGCCGAUCUGGUGUGGUCCGAUCCAGAUCCCGACCGAGACGAAUUCUCGCUUUCACCCCGCGGUGCGGGCUAUACCUUUGGCGCGCAGGUCGUCAAGAAGUUCUUGGCCGUCAACAACAUGUCACACAUUCUUCGGGCCCACCAGCUCUGUCAGGAGGGCUUUCAAGUGCUGUACGACGACCGCCUUAGCACCGUAUGGAGCGCGCCGAAUUAUUGCUACAGAUGCGGCAACAUGGCCAGCGUACUCGAAGUCAAUACGCAGGGCGAGAGAUUCUUCAACGUGUUUGCUGCGGCACCGGAGAAUGACCAGCACAAGGAUAUGCAGCAGGGGAUGGAGAAGACGGCGGACGGAAACUCGCUGCCCGAUUACUUCUUAUAA